AUGUCACUGACCAUCGAAAAGAUCCUAGCUGCCGCCCCCGUCACGACGCGGGGCCAGCCCACCCAGCUCUCGUGCGAUGCCAAAGGGGAGCGCAUAGCUUAUGCUUCGGGCAAAUCCAUCUUCCUCCGCUCCAUCGAUGAUCCCUCCUCAUGCAAGCAGUACAACGGCCACACCGCCCAGACAACCGUGGCCCGCUUCUCGCCCUCUGGCUUCUACGUCGCAUCCGGUGACGUGUCCGGCUCGGUGCGCGUCUGGGACGCCGUCGAGGCUGUCAAUACGAAGGGAGAGUACCACAUAAUCAGCGGGCGCAUCAAUGACAUCGGCUGGGACGGCGAUUCGCAGCGCAUCAUCGCCGUGGGAGAUGGCCGUGAGCGCUUCGGCGCUUGCAUCACAGCCGACAGCGGAAACUCGGUGGGCGAGGUCAGUGGCCACAGCAAGGUCGUCAACGCCGUGGCUAUGAGACAGCAGCGGCCGUUGCGCGCCGCCACGGUCUCCGACGAUGGCAGCAUGUGCUUCCUCCACGGCGCACCGUUCAAGUUCGCGGGAAAGUCCAAUGACCUGCACAAGGGCUUCGUAUACGGCGCUGCUUUUAGCCCAGACGGAAACCUGCUGGUCACGGUCGGCGCCGAUCGCAGGAUUCAGCUGUACGACGGCAAGACGGGCGAGCCGACCAAGCAGAUCGGUGAGGGCGUGCACACGGGCAGUAUCUUUGCUGUCAGCUGGGCCAAGGACUCGAAGCGAAUCGUCACAGCUAGCGCGGACCAGUCCGUACGGGUGUGGGAUGUCGAGUCUGGCGAGAACGUCAAGUCGUGGAAGCUGGGCCAGGACGGCGCUGUGAACGUCGGGGACCAGCAGGUCGGCGUGGCAUGGCCUCGUGAUGACCUGAUCAUCGCUCUGAGCUUGGACGGUGACCUGAACUACCUAUCGGAGAGCAGCGAAGCACCCACCAAGACAGUCCAGGGCCACAACAAGGGCAUCACAGCGAUGACCACAGGCUCGGAUGACAGCGGCAAGGACGUCUACACAGGCAGUUUCGAUGGUCGUGUGUGCCAUUGGAAUGUCGAGAGUGGCAUUGGUGCCGUGACUGAUGGGCAGACGCACACAAACCAGGUUACACAAAUUGCAGCCACCUCCGGACAGGCCUUCAGUGUCGGCUGGGAUGACACUUUGAGGACCCUCGACGAGGGUGCCAACACCUUCACUGGCUCAUCAACAAAGCUGCAGGCGCAACCCAAGGGCGUAAGUGUGACAGAAGGCCGUGUAGUCGUUGCCACUGCCUCGGGAGUAGCCGUAUAUUCUCAGGGCCAACAGGUCGGAGAACUCAGCACCAACUAUUCUCCCACAUCACUCGCUGCUUCGGGCUCAAACUUAGCAGCUGGGGACGGAAAUGAUGUCCGGAUCUACUCGAUCGACUCGAGCAACAAAAUCUCCGAGGUCCAGGUGCUGAAGAAGUCUGCUGCUCAGGUCACUAGCCUGGCGUUCUCCAAGGAAGGCAGCCACCUCGCCGUGGGCAACUCUCAAGGUAAGAUCUUCGCAUUCAAAACCGAUGACUGGAGCGUGGCAACGGACCGUUGGUCAGCACACACGGCGCGCGUCAUGAGCAUAGCUUGGAAUGAUGCAGGUACCCAUGCCGCCAGUGGAGCUUUGGAUACGCACGUCUAUGUGUGGAGCUUGGCAAAGCCUGCGAGUCGGGUGAAGGCCUUGAACGCGCACAAGGAUGGAGUAAAUGGCGUCAGCUGGAUUGAGGGAUCGUCAAAGGUCGCUAGCACAGGAGGUGAUGCGGCGGUCAAGAUUUGGACCGUAUCUGGGCUGCAAUGA